UUUUUGCUUCUAUGCUAGAGGAUAAGUUGGUUACCCAAACCGUUAACAACAAACCAAACAAAACUGAAAAAACAGUCUAGGAAAGAAGGAAGAGAGACUCCAAUGGCAUCAAUGACCAUCUCUCUUUCCUUAUCUACAUGUUCUUCAGCAUCUUUCUCCUCUCAAACCAAGACUUCAAUUAAAUCCCAUCAAACCAACUUGUCAUCGACAUUGUUUGGUGCAAAAGUAUGGGUCGACAGUACACUCAGAUCAAAAUCAAUUACCAAGAUAAGCACUUCUAGUGGGAUUACUUGCUUUGCUGCUGCUUCUUCUGUUCUUCCUUCAGCUCUUCUCUUCGACUGCGAUGGCGUGCUUGUUGAUACUGAGAAAGAUGGUCACAGGGUUUCUUUCAACGAUACUUUCAAUGAAAAAGAGUUGGGGGUUACAUGGGACGUGGAUUUGUAUGGCGAGUUGCUCAAAAUCGGAGGUGGAAAAGAAAGGAUGACAGCCUACUUUAACAAGACUGGUUGGCCAGAAAAGGCUCCAAAGAGUGAAGAAGAACGAAAAGAAUUCAUAGCUUCACUUCAUAAGCGAAAGACAGAGUUGUUUAUGGCUCUUAUUGAGAAGAAAUUGUUACCUCUUCGGCCAGGCGUUGCAAAGCUGGUUGAUCAGGCUUUGGGCAAAGGAGUCAAAGUUGCUGUCUGCAGCACUUCCAAUGAGAAGGCGGUCUCUGCAGUAGUUUCAUUUUUGCUGGGACCUGAGAGAGCAGAGAAGAUCAAGGUAUUUGCAGGAGAUGUGGUUUCCCGUAAAAAACCUGACCCGGCCAUAUACACAUUAGCAGCCAACACUCUGGGUGUUGAUCCUUCAAGUUGUGUAGUGGUGGAGGACAGCGCGAUUGGCCUUGCAGCUGCCAAAGCUGCUGCAAUGAAGUGCAUAGUAACAAAGAGUGGUUACACAGCGGAUGAGGACUUCUUAAAUGCAGAUGCAGUGUUUGAUUGCAUUGGAGAUCCUCCAGAAGAGCGUUUUGACUUGGCAUUCUGUGGAAGCCUUCUUGAAAAGCAAUAUGUCAGCUAGAUCAUGUUAUUCUCUUAACUGUAGCAAUUCCUUAUGGUUUCUUACCUUUAUUUAUUAUCUAGCCAAUUAUGUUUUGAACCCUGAAAUAAAACAAAAGCUGAUAUGCUAUUACAUUUUAUUUUUGUAGUUUUAUUAUGCAUCUUGCCUUUUUCUAA